AUGGUUGAUCUCUGUCGACUUUCGUCAUUAACGACCAAUGGUUCACUUGGUUCUGUUAAUAAUAGUAACGAUUCAAAUAAUGGGAGUCAAAAUUUCUUUCCAUCAUUAUUCCUCCCCUACUCACGGUUGAUAGACCCUGAGCGACAAGAUCCAGUCACUGUCGCUCUAGCAGCAGCAACGGCUGCAGUAAUGGCCUCAUCAGCAAUGGAACGGACACGUCUCGAAGAAGAAAAAUUACGUGUUCAUACGAAAGAUAAAAAAGAUCAAAGUGCAAAUGCAUCAGCUGAAGUGAAAACACAUUUGAAAAGUUUUCUUCGUCGAAAAUUACAAAAAGAAGGAAAACUCGAGGAUGAAGAUUCUAUGGAAAUGUUAAGACGAUUUCAGUCAGAACCUGUCCUUGCCAAUCCACGUCGUGAAUCAGGAAACUUUAAAAUCAAAUCUGACUUACGUCAAAGUAUCCUACAUCGUCAUCGACACAUUACACCUAUGUCAGAUAAACGCCAUCCGGUUCGUUCAACACCUUUCGCUCAACAACAUCAACAGCAACAACAACAACAUACGAUUCCAUCAAUUCCGAUAAUGUCAUUCGAUUCUCAGUCGUCCACAAUACCGCACCCAGAACAAUUGUGGCUUGACUUAAAUGAUCUUCAACGUAAACUCUACAGUUGUUAUUCGACCGGUUCACUUUGUGGAACAAAUGUUAUUCAACCUAAACAUUUAAAAAUGACACAUGACAAUCAACAUCGAACAAAUAUUCUCGGUCCUAAACAUUUCAUCGUAGAAGAGGAAAACGAAGCGUUGUUAGCUAAAGAAUUAGAAGAAGCCAAAAUUCAAAGUGCACAUAAUAGUCAUAGUUCAAUGCACAGUAGUCAACCACAUAUGUUCAAUUUCACAUCCAAUGAUUCAUCAAUUAAAGCUUUGAAUUUACCAAGUGAUCGUUUAAUGUUACAUUCCAAGUCAUUAUCAUCCCUAUCAGCAUUAGCACCAUCAGUCGAUGAAAAAUUAAAACGAUGUCUUUCAGGUUCCAUACAAAUGCGCUUUACUACAGGGAUUGUAUACGACGAUGAAACACUAAAACAUGAAUGUUAUUGCAAACGUACAGAUCUUCAUCUUGAAAAUCCUCGCCGUCUACUUGUUAUUUAUGAACAGUUAAAAAAAUCCAACUUACUAAAUGAUUGUGAACUUAUUCAAAGUUAUUGUGCAACUAUUGAUAUGUUAACCGAUUGCCACAAUCCUACACAUGUAUAUCUAUUUGGUUGUGAUCCACGACAACGCACACAACAAUCAUCGGCAUUACUAACUGAACGACUAAAUUCAAUUGUACAACUACCUUGUGGUGGUUUUGGUAUUCACGAUGAUGCUGACACAAUUUGGAACCAAGCUUACACGGCACGUGCUUGCCGUUUAGCAAUUGGCAAUACGAUUGCGUUGUCAAAAUAUGUCGUCGACGGCAAAUUAAAGAAUGGCUUUGCCCUUGUAAGACCACCAGGUCAUCAUGCAGCGCAAAAACCGUUAGGUUUCUGUUACUUUAAUACAGUUGCCAUAACAGCUAAAUAUCUGAAAAAGCACCGAAAUAUCGAACGAAUUGCUAUUGUUGAUUGGGAUAUUCAUCAUGGCAAUGGCACACAAGACUUAACCUACGAUGAUCCGGAUAUUCUUUAUAUUUCAUUACAUCGGUACGAUAAUGGAACAUAUUUUCCCGGCGGUGGUCGAAUUGAAGAAUGUGGACGCGACGCUGGCUUAGGUAAAAAUAUCAACAUAGCUUUCUCUGGCGAACCGCAAUCAGUUAUGACGGAUGUCGAGUAUCUCGCAGCAUUUAGAAGUAUUGUCAUGCCUACACUGCAGCAAUUUCAACCUCAAUUAGUUCUUGUUUCCAGUGGGUUUGAUGCUUGUAUGGGACACCCACAUCCGCUUGGCGGUUAUGAAUUAACACCAACAUGUUUUGGCUAUAUGACAAAUCAACUAAUGAAACUUGCUGAUGGAAAAGUUGUAUUAGUUCUUGAAGGUGGCUAUGAAUUAAAUGCAUUGGCUGAAUGUGGAAAAACAUGCGUGAAAACUUUACUAGGACAUGAGGUACCAUCGUUUAGUAAAGAAACUCUCGAAGCCAAACCAAAUGCACAUGCGGUACGGAGCUUGAAAAACGUUAUAGAAAUCCAACGUGAAUUCUGGUCGUCACUUGAACAAUCUAAACAUUUAGUUCCUAUGUCACAUAAACAAGCGAUUAUUUCGUGA